CGCCUCUUUUUUUUUUUCCACACUACGUCUUUUUUUCCUUGUAAUUUUUUUUAGUUUAUUCCUUUUUCCCUAGAUCCUAUUUUGACUUGGUGUUAUGGCGACCAGGUACCAACCUUUAGAACAACAUGAUACUACGUCUUCCGUAUCGUCGUUUCCUACAUCUUCGGUUACCAAUGUCGAUUCGAACGGAUGGUUAGACGAUCAUCGACCUCUUCUUUCACGAUCCUCGGCUCCAUCAUCUCUUUACCAAAGCGAAACCUCUGUAGAGGAUGGCGACCAUCAUCACCACAGUCAUGCCACCGCAACCCCCAUGAGUUGCGCCGUGAAUCUCGCCAAUACCAUUCUAGGCACUGGCAUGCUGGCCAUGCCUUCUGCCGUUGCUUCGGUGGGCAUCAUACCCGGGGUUUUUGUCAUAUUGUUUUCAGCUGCUGCGUCAGCUGCAGGAUUGUACUUCCUCUCUCGAUGUGCGGCUCGUACAGAAGGUCGCCAUGCUUCAUUCUUUGCGAUAUCCAAACUUACCUGGCCUCGUAUUGCCGUACUAUUCGAUCUGGCCAUCGCCAUCAAAUGCUUCGGUGUUGCCAUUAGUUAUCUGAUCAUCAUUGGUGAUCUGAUGCCUCAGGUGGUGGCAUCCUUUUCCCAUCAUGGACAGACCGUGGAAAUUUUGCUGGAUCGACGUUUUUGGAUUACUGUCUUCAUGGUGAUUGCUGUCUUGCCGCUCAGUUUUUUGAGAAAGCUGGACUCUCUCAAAUACACAAGUCUGGUGGCCCUGAUCGCCGUCAUUUACCUGUGCACCAUUGUUAUUUAUCACUACAUUUCUCCCAACUAUCCUCCGCCGCCCCCCGAAGAUAUCGAACUGGUGCAUUUCUCGACAAAGUUCUUUAGCCACCUUCCCGUUUUCGUCUUUGCCUUCACGUGUCAUCAAAAUAUUUUCGCCGUGUAUAACGAACUCAAGGAUAACAGUCAGCUGGCCGUCAGCAAAGUGAUUGCCACCUCCAUCGGUACUUCCGCUUUUAUCUAUGAAGCCAUUGCUAUUCUGGGCUACCUCAGUUUUGGCAAAAAUGUACGCGGCAACAUCAUUAUGGAAUAUCCUCCGAGUAUGUUUGUGGCCGGCGGACGACUAGCCAUUGUGGUCCUUGUUGUUUUCAGUUACCCACUGCAGGCUCAUCCUUGCCGAGCUUCUUUGGAUAAAGUAUUAGCCUGGCGUACCCCCGAAGCACGGGGACUCAAGGUCCCGCCCCCUCCUUCCGCUUGCAAAUACUUUGCCAUGACCACCGCCAUUCUCAUCUUUAGCUAUCUCAUUGCUAUCACCGUCUCGCAGCUGGAUCUGGUAUUGGCGUUUGUUGGUUCUACCGGAUCGACGACGAUUUCGUUCAUUCUUCCUGGCCUGUUUUACUACAAGAUUCAUGAGAACGAUCCUUGGAAACCCGGAAAAAUUGGCGCCGUAGCCUUGGCCGUGUAUGGUGUGCUGGUCAUGAGUGUUUGUUUGACAUUUAAUAUUCUGCGACUUAUGGCAUAACGCUGGACAUUGGACAUUACUUGAUCGAGUAAUUGAUAACAAACAACUGGCUGAUUUUUUUUUCAUUUGAAUUUACUUGUCCAUCAUGUGGUUUUUCUCGAUUUAGAAAUUUUUCUUCCUUAUUGAAAAAAAAUGGGUUUGUUUACAUUUACUUGACAUUUUGUUCAUUGUAUAAUUACGCAUGGAUGCAAGCCUCGAUCAAUAAUAUUAUCAGACAAGAAC